GAGCUACCCUGCUGGAUCUGGAUGCGGGCAUCCUUGGAUUCUGCUCUUUUUAACACGGGCCCACAGCACGAAAACUUAACGGAACAACAAUGGUGCACGCCUCGCCGACUGCUGGUCGUUUAGGGGACCGGGGAUUGUGGUCAAUGUGACAUUCAUUGGCACGCUGCUGUUGAGUUUUAUUGUUCUGGUCCUAGACGCAGAGCAGCAGCGAUUCUCCGAAAAGAUGUUGAGCCGAUUCAAGAGUGGCAGCAUCAGGAAUCUUGAGCGGGAAUACAGCUGCACCGUGAGACUGCUGGAUGAUACGGAAUAUACGUGCACCAUUCAGCGGGAUGCAAAGGGAUCGUAUCUGUUUGACAUCAUCUGCCACCAUCUCAACUUGCUGGAGAAAGACUAUUUUGGCAUCAGAUAUGUGGAUCCAGACAAGCAGCGGCACUGGCUGGAGUGUUCGAAAUCAAUUGCAAAACAAAUUAAAUCUCAGCCUCCCUUCACCAUGUGUCUGAGAGUCAAGUUCUACCCUCCUGAACCUGCUGAGCUAAAGGAGGAAAUCACUCGAUAUCUUGUCUUCAUGCAAAUCAAGAGAGACCUCUACCACGGUCGGCUGCUGUGUAAAACCUCGGACGCGGCCAUGCUGGCUGCCCACAUACUUCAAGCUGAGAUUGGAAAUUACGACCCUGGGAAGCAUCCUGAAGGUUACAGCUCCAAGUUCCAUUUCUUUCCUAAACACUCGGAGAAGCUGGAGCGCCGGAUUGCAGACCUACAAACAGAGCUGAUUGGACAAAUACCUGAAACAUCAGAGCGAAAUUUCCUGCAGAAAGCCCAGAUGCUGGAGACAUAUGGCGUUGAUCCACAUCCAUGCAAGGAUGUGUCUGGGAACCCAGCCUUCCUCGCCUUCACGCCGUUUGGUUUCGUGGUGCUUCAGGGAAACAAGAGGGUUCAUUUUCUCAAAUGGCACGAGGUGACCAAACUGAAAUUCGAAGGCAAGACGUUUCACGUUUAUGCAAAUCAGAAUGAGGACCAAAAGAUCAUCUUGACAUACUUUGCGCCCACACCGGAGGCCUGCAAGCAUCUUUGGAAGUGUGGAGUGGAGAACCAAGCUUUCUACAAGCUUGACAAGUCAAGUCAGGUUCGCACGGUGUCUAGCAGCAACCUGUUCUUCAAGGGCAGUCGUUUCCGUUUCAGUGGACGAGUGGCAAAAGAGGUGAUGGAGCAGAGUGCCAAAAUCAAACGCGAACCUCCAGAAAUACACAGGGCUGGCCUGGUGCCCAGCAGAAGUUGUCCAUCCAUCACCCACGGGCCUCGCCUCACCAGUGUACCGCGCACACGUCGGAGAGCCGUGCACAUUUCUAUUAUGGAGGGUCUGGAGUCGUUGCGUGACAGUGCCCACUCCACGCCAGUGCGUUCAGUGUCCCAUGGGGAUUGUUUCAUGCCACGCUCCCGGAGCCAGGCCACAGACGCCAGUGAGAGGACUGCGGUCAUCUCUGACGAGGCGUACAGCCCCUCCGACAGCGUGCUGCCCACCCCGGUGUCCGAGCACAGCGCGGAGCUGUCCGCCUCCCGCCAGACCAACGGGGCGCCUUGCAGCAUCGAGGAGGAGAAGGAGUCGGAGGCAGGCACCCCGCGUGGGGAUGGGGGAGAUUUAGGUGCGGAGGGUAAAUCCGCACAGGAGGGUGCUGGGGGGGACUCGACCCUCAGCGAGGUGGAACAGGUGAAUACAUUUGUCUUAAGCGUCCUGCGUUUGCUCCUUGUGACCAUCGGACUCCUCUUUGUCUUGCUCCUCCUCCUCAUCAUCCUCACAGAGUCAGACCUUGACAUUGCAUUUUUACGUGAUAUCCGCCAGACCCCCGAAUUUGAGCAGUUCCAUUUCGAAUACUUUUGUCCCCUCAGGCGGUGGUUUGCCUGCAAGCUCCGCUGGGUGGGCGGGUUGCUCAUUAACAAGUGAGGGGAGGUCGUAGAGUUCGUAAGCCCGCUCGGGGUCUGAGGUGACGGUUAGGACUCCGGAGCGAUGAAGGGCAGCCUCGGCCCCAACAUGAACCCUGCUCCUCAUCCUCCUCCUGCAGACACAGCCUCUCACCAGGCAGGAUCUCUCCUCCUCUCCUCCACUUUGAUUUAACCCCCCCACCACCCAACCACCUCCUAGUUUCGCUUAUUUUCUUCUUCUUUUUUUUCUACAAAACCAGAGGACAAGUUUUGCAUUUUUUUUAUUUCAACUCAUUUCAGGUAUUUUAUUUUUUCAAAUAACACAAAGGAAAAAAAUUAAAACUGGAAUCAAAGGACUGGAGAUGUUUAAACAGUUCCUUUUACAAGGACUGGAGAGUUGCAACCGAUGAGCGUUGCCUUCAAUUAUUAUUUAUUGUUUUAAACAUGUAUUUGCAUAAGAGAAGGGAAAGAGAUACACAGCAAUCGAGGAAGUUGAUUUGUCAUUAAAUGAAGAUGGAAGUGAGUUAUGUCAGGGUCGAUACUGCUCUGAAGAAUAUAUGAGGCACUGUAUGAUAAUAUCGUUUGAUAUUGGUUCAUCCCCAUCAGAUGCAUUUAGACAAACGGCAGAUUCAACUCAGCGAGAAAAAACAGAACAAUCUGAAGGGAAUAAAAAUGAAGGUUUAUGAAACAGAGAGCAGACGGGAUGAUUACCAAAUGCCUUUUUGAGAAGAUGUUGAUGAUUGAAAGUUGUUUUAAGACACCAUUACACUUUAGUAUACAAUGGUGAACAAAGUAAACUGAUGAAGAACAAGGGUGUUUUUCUAACAUUUUAUAGGGAUACAGUAAAAAUAAACCAGUACCAAUAGUGUUAUGUGACCCAGUAGUGUCAGAAGCAGUUAGAAGAGUAUUCAGAAAGAUUUGCUGGCACCAUAGAUUAUAGUCUAGAUAGAGGUGCAAUGCUCAUAUGGUUUAAAUAAUGAAGUACUUUUGAAUGUGGUCAUUUGUUCAGUUGUUCUCUUAUUUCUCCAUUUAAUUUGAUUUGCAUUUUUUCAUCUAGUUGAAAUUCGAUGAAUUUCAACAAUUUCUUUGUAUGAAGAGUUUAUGAUUUAUUUUGGUUUCAUAUCAACCUAGCUCUUAGGUUUAUGUAACAUACUAUAUAUUAUUAUUAUUAUUAGAAUAAGAAUAAUGAUGUACUUUUUGUACAAAUUAGUUUGUUUCCUAAUAUAUAUUGACAGGUUUUCCAUGUAUAUUUUAACAGAACUGAAAUGUUAUUUUGUUAUUGAAGAUUAAAUUAUACCUUUUUUAGCGCUGUGUAAGGUCAGAAGUAUUUAUGGAAAUGUGGAAGUGGGGACUAAAGAACAGGGUUUUUAUCCAGAUCCACUGAACACUGCUCACACCUCGUAUCGCUCCACCAGCAGUCAGUCAGCAAUGUAAAUAAACAUGUCUCUACGAAAGGAAAUCUGCAGAUAUCAUUAUACCACCACAAAUACCAAAUAAUCCAAAAGCACAUUUCCACCUUUCAUAACUUUACAAUAUGUAUUUUUUACUUGAAGAGUUUAGAGAGGUGACUUCUAGCCUGACCGAUACCGAGUCUUUUCACUUAUUCCUUAAACCCAUGGCCUAUACUCAACGUCACAAUCAUAUAAAUAAAAUAUUGACAUCAUUACUAGAGCUGAAAAACAUAUUUUGAAGAUUUUCUGAUAUCUUUUAUUCCAUUAUUGUUCAUUUAAUUUAUUUAGGUUUUGUACAGUAGGUACGAUGAAAGUUGCUGUUGGUUGGGAGAUUUUCACUAUUUUCUGACAUUUUAUUGGCCAAUCAAUUAAACUAGAAAAGAAUGGACAGAUGAAGCGUUAUUUAAAUAAUUGUUAGUUGUUGCCCCGAACAAAAGUGUGUCACUAAAAGACUGAGAAUUAAUAAUGAAAUGGGCCAGGCAGGAAACUGCAUAAUAUAAGUAGGACAUUCUAAAGGUUUCUUGUGCAGAUUUAUUUUCUGAAUAAUGCAAUUAAAUUACUUUCCUGGAAUAUUAUAUCAGCCAAAACUAAAUCAGGCACCAACAUAUCUGAAAAGCGCAUAUCGGCGAAUAAUAUCUGCCCUUAGAUUUGUCGGUCAGGCUCUAGACGCUUCUGCCUCUCAGCUCCAGGAAGCAAUAACUGCGAAGGCUGCUGGAUUCUGGGUAAAAUCAGUUUUUUAUAUUGCGUGUCUACCUCCUGCACCAAGUGCAGGUGUAAGUGUUACUCUGUCUGUGUGUAGGAAUGGAAACAGGGCUCAAGGUGGUAGUAUUAGAUGGAGAGGAGUACAAAUAAAAACAUGUACAAAAGAGCAUGAGAAGGACUAAGAGGGAAGAAAUGAAAUGAGGUAGAUUAGACUGAGAGAUAUCAGAGGCCUUUGGGAGAAGCUCUUUAAAAGUGUGAUUUAAGAAACAGAUUGGGAAUGAAAGGCACUCGGUGAGUCAUCACUCCAAUGACUGUACAGGGUUGCUUGUUUUGGCCUGCUAUCUCCAAGCCGACCCUCUCCUACCAGCAGCUGCCCCACUGAAGUCCCGACGGUGCUACCUUCCUUGUUGCUCCUGAGUAAUCCGAGCGUGUCCGUCCGGGGCUGAGUUGUAGUCCUGACCACAGAGUAGCAUGCACUUUGGCGUUGUGGCUGGAUCCACUCCUGUAGCUUGUUAUCCUCCACCAGUUGUCUGUGGUCGAGGGAGCAGCACCGACAUUUCCCAGCGGGACGCUAGAGGGAAUAUAAAAUCAUUAGAGCUAUGUUGGCAAGAAACCUGUCAUACAUACAUUGUAGGAGCUUAUUGAUGUCAAGAUAAUAAUGUGUAACUUGGAUACAUCCAGAUAAAUAGCAAUGUGGAGAUGAAGCACAUUUUCCCAACGGGAUGGAGAAGGGUGGGCGUUCUUCUUUGUGUACAUUCAUUCUUCAUAUUUAUGACUUCUUUACUGACAUACAGGUCAAGGGGAUGAGUUGUUAGCAGGACAUAUUCAAGGUCAGUCUGCAAAGGUUCAUACAUUGAUCAGCAUUAUGUAGCUUUAGUGGUCCCUCUGAACAUGCAACAGUUUAAAAAAAAAGGCAGCAUUAUUCAAAGAGCAAUAAUCAGCUGUACGAGGAUAUACAAACUUAUGUUUGAAAAUGAGUAAGUCAAAUACGUCCUUUCUGUUUCUAGAAAAUCACUUACCAAAUUGCUGUUGUGCUGACUCUAACAAUGAAGUGACCACUGAGACACGUAGUUACUGUUGCGGUCAUGGAUAACAUUUUCUAAAAACAAAUGUUCCUUAAAAACCUCUGUGUGGAUGUUUGUUCUGCUGUUUUCUUCGCUGUUUCAUUGUUAAGUGACGGAGUGUUUCUUGUGCCUGGAUCCUAACUGCAGUUUACCAAAGUGACAAAGAUGAAGGAAUGGAGAAAUGAAAGACACAACAUCUUUAACAACUGUACAACAGACUGCUCCAUUCUUAAAUCUCCCAGGUCGAGAGGGAAACACAUCUGUGUCUGUCUUAAUUUGUCCUUUUUCCUCUGAAAAACCUUUCACAGGAAAGCUUUCAUUUUACAUUUCAGUGUCAUGUUUACAUUAUUUUACUGUUAUUUUACUUCAUGGGAUAUGUUUGCAGUUCUGAUCAGAUGCUGACUUUUGAUGAACAAGUGUUAUUGUCAUCCAUGGUUUACAGAUCAGAAACAACUUGUCCGUCUCUUAAAAAAGCAGCAGUGAAGGUACAGCCUUCCAAUACAAUGUGGUGCGUUGAAGACAAUGCAUUGAUUCUUGUUUGAAUAUAAUACACAGGGGAUAGACUAAAUAACAGAAACACCCACAUUAUAUAAUGUAACAAACAAGAAGCAGACCCUACUUAUAACAUUUCACAAGGCGUGUCAAAGGGAUGUUACGGGGCUUUUCUAAGGUUGUACUGUGAGGUGUUUUUGUUAUAUGGCCACUCCCUACGUAUUUAUAGCAAUCAUCUGAAAUCUCAAUAAAAGUUUCAAAAACCAACAUAGGCAAUGUAUGACAAAGGAAGGUUUUCAUUGGUCAUCCUUCAAUAUUUUUGUUACUAAGGUGUCGAUUUUUUUAAUAACAUAUAUCCAGUUAAUAUGAUAGCAAUCAAAUGAUUUAUUCACAAUUGGUUACCUUGAUUUAACUCCUGGCCAAAAUCCCUGCCAGAUCAUUGUGGAUGAUGCAUGUAGAACUGAGGGGUUGACAUUUGGAAGUAUUCAUAACUGAAGACAUCUGAAUCUGUUUUUUGGCCAUCAGCUCGCAGUAGACCCUCACACAGUGCAUACACAUCACUGCAGUUAAUGUAUAUACAUAUUCAGAUCAGGUGGUGUUAUGUGGUCUGCAUUGUUCUAUCCUGAGUGUAGAUCAUUUAAUUGCAUUAUAUAUACCAGUAUAAAUAUAUAUAAAUCCAUGUGCCAAAUCCAGUUCUUGUUCAGUCCAAUCCAUUCCGAACCCAUGUUUGUACUGUAGGUUACCUCCUGUACAAGUCAGUAUAAAAUAUUGUUUCUCUCCAAUAGUCUCUUGUAACUGGUGCCAUUCAAUUCAACUAUUCAAACUUGAAAUAAAAAUUGAAAAAGAAAUGCAUUAUGGCUCUGUGGCUUUGUGGUACCCACACAAAUUCAGCACAGCUUGCUCUUAUCUACUGAAGAAAAUCAUCUGAAAGUGUUAAAUUAGUCUUUAAUACAAAAAAAGAAGGAUUUCCAUCAAAAUGGACAGGUCAAAAUGAGAAUUACAAAAGUAAAUAAAAUAUCUGGACAAACACUAUGACAACAACAACA